AUGUUACAUUUUCGGUCAACGGUAGCGCUGAAGGAGUUAUUUCAGACCCAGCUCAAGCGUCCGUUGGCAGGUAACGUUAGAGUUGGCGUUAAAGCGGCACCUGCGACCCCCGCCUGCUUCAGCACCGUCAGUUUGGAUGGGAGGUCACCGGGCAGAUGGAGGGCGUUUGCCGGGUGGAGAAGGCACGGCGUGAGAGGCUUUUGCUCCAAGGGGGAUAGCCACAGUGAAGCCGCCAAGGACUCUUCAGCAGAGAAGAGAAGAAAGGCGGGCAUCCUGCCCAGUCUGGAGGACCUGCUCUUCUACACCAUCGCAGAGGGCCAGGAAAAAAUCCCCGCUCACAAAUUCACCACAGCUCUUAAAGCCACAGGGCUUCGCACAGGAGACCCCCGGCUGAAAGAAUGUAUGGAGAUGCUGAAGGUGACCGUGAAGACGACCUCUGACGGCGCACUAGACCGACACCUCUUCAAAAAAUGUGUCCAGAGCAACAUUGUCCUGCUCACCCAGGCCUUCAGGAAGAAGUUUGUCAUCCCAGACUUCCAGUCCUUCUCCGCACACAUCGACGAGCUCUAUGAGAACGCCAAAAACAUGUCCGGAGGGCAGGUGGCAGACUACAUUCCUCAGCUGGCUCGCUUCAGCCCGGACCUGUGGGCCGUCGCCCUGUGCACCGUCGAUGGACAGAGGCACACUGUUGGCGACACCAAGGUUCCUUUCUGUCUGCAGUCCUGCGUUAAGCCGCUGAAGUACGCCAUCGCCGUUCACGACCACGGCACCGAGUACGUGCACCGCUUCAUCGGCAAAGAGCCCAGCGGUCUGCGAUUCAACAAGCUCUUCCUGAACGAGGAGGAUAAACCACACAACCCCAUGGUUAAUGCUGGCGCUAUCGUCUGUACCUCCCUCAUUAAGCAAGGGGCAAGCAACGCUGAAAAAUUUGAUUAUGUCAUGAACUUCAUGAACAAACUGGCAGGAAACGAGUACGUUGGCUUCAGCAACGCCACUUUCCAGUCGGAGCGAGAGUCUGGAGACAGAAACUUUGCCAUCGGCUACUACCUGAAGGAGAAGAAGUGUUUUCCAGAGGGGACAGACAUGACCUCCAUCCUCGACUUCUAUUUUCAGUUGUGCUCCAUCGAGGUGACCUGUGAGAGCGCCAGCGUCAUGGCGGCUACGCUGGCCAACGGCGGCUUCUGCCCGAUCACGGGAGAGCGAGUGCUGAGCCCCGAGGCGGUGCGAAACACGCUGAGUCUGAUGCACUCCUGCGGCAUGUACGACUUCUCCGGACAGUUCGCUUUCCACGUCGGGCUGCCGGCUAAAUCCGGUGUCGCUGGCGGGAUCCUGCUGGUUGUUCCAAACGUGAUGGGCAUCAUGUGUUGGUCUCCUCCGCUCGACAAGCUGGGCAACAGCGUCAGAGGCAUCCAGUUCUGCACGGACCUGGUGUCCCUCUGUAACUUUCACAACUACGAUAACCUGAGACACUUUGCUAAGAAACUGGAUCCUCGCCGGGAGGGAGGAGACCAGAGGGUGAAGUCAGUGAUCAAUCUGCUGUUUGCUGCUUACACUGGAGACGUCUCGGCGCUGAGGAGGUUUGCGUUGUCCUCCAUGGACAUGGAGCAGAGGGACUACGACUCCAGGACGGCCCUGCAUGUCGCCGCGGCUGAAGGACACGCUGAGGUGGUUCGCUUCCUGCUGGAGGCCUGUAAAGUCAACCCAGUUCCCAAAGACAGGUGGGGGAACACACCCAUGGACGAAGCGGUUCACUUCGGCCACCACGACGUGGUCACCAUCCUCCGCGACUACCACACCCAGUACAGCCCUCAGGAACCCACCACCACCGACAAGCAGAGCGCAGAGAAGAACCUGGACGGGAUGCUCUGACAGGAAAACGCCUGAAGGGAACGGUUUUUGUGUAAGAAAUCACUCAAAUCAAGCUGGACAGGAUUCUCGGAGGGGAGAAACAUCCACACAUAGAAACAGUUAAGAACAUUAAAUCAACCCAGACAAUAAACCGUACCGUGGAGGGGGAAAAAAAACCUUAGAUGAAACUAAACAGCCCCCCACCAUCCCUCCAGUGUAAAAGCUCGUGUUAUUAGACGUUGUUGUAUUGUAAUACUGUGUGUACUGUGACUGGGGGGGAAAUAUUUUUAUUUGAUUUCUCCUUCUGUAUUUUGACUUUAUUUGGUGAGUCGAUGGACCCUGUUAUUUACUUUCAACUAUUUUUAUUCUGAAAAGCUGUAACAGAAGGUAGCAAAUGUAAUCUGGAGUCUCGCAUCUUCAUCACAACAUGGUGUGUGUGUGUGUGUGUGUGUGUGUGUGUGUAAAUACGUACAGGUGUAUAUUUGUAGUUUGAUCAGCACGAGGCGUGUGAGGUAGGUUUCACAAACACACGGUCAAUGUUUCAAUUUUAAAUCUGACAUUUUAAUUAUUAUUUACAUGCUUGUUUAUUUAAACUUCAAUAUUCAGCCUUUAUAAGUUAAAAGCUUUUUGUUUUGCUGCUAUGUAACUACAGUUUUUCCUUUUUUUUUUUUUACCCCCCAAAAACUGGACUUUUAUUUUUCACUCUGCAUUAUUUUUUUUGUUUUUUUGUUUUUUUGUCAUAACAUAAGGAAAUAAUGUAAGCAAGUCAAAAGGCCAAAGUUCAGGUUGUUUGUUGUCUCCUGACUGUUGAAAGAUAUCAUGUAUGACACUGCCAGCAGUGAAUUACUGUAAACAUCCAACAAAAGAUUAGAAUAGAAGUUUGUUUUAUACUUUUAUGGUUUGUUUUUUUAGAAUAUUUCUAUUUGAUUGAAUGAUACAGCCGUAGAUGUUUAAACAUCCAUGUAGCUCCAAUAAAACAUCUAAAUUAAGUCCAAUAGUAACAUUAAAACAACUGAUUAAGCUUGACACAGCCUUUCUAAAUGUAUAAGUGGUGUCUCACACCCUCCUCCCCUGUUUAGUGAUGGUUUCUCUUUUAUGGUGUAAAUGUCCUCUUUCAACCCAUCUGUCCUGCAUGUCCAAAAUAUUGUUGUCAUGGAAAUAGUGACCCUAGUGAAAGAGGCCUUUUACAUCCGAAUAGAGAAACCAUCACUAAACAGGGGAAGGGAGUCUCUUUAACCAAGUCCAGUUGCCCUUGAUUUUAACCUCCCUUGGAUAACUACACAAAAAAUCCGACUUCUGCCACUUUAAGAAACUAAAAUAUAUUUAUUUUGAGUGCACAACGUCAUGCUGUAACACCCCUGUUCAUUUUCAUUGCUGUCAAUCUAAAGAUUUUUGCGGGGAGUGCGUUGACUGUAUUGUAUCACAUGAAUGAUGAUGGUUUGUAUGUAAACACUCAGGAAGGUCCAGUCCACAACAGAAGGAGCUUUUCUAAUGCCAGCGGAUUGUUCUUUGUUUCGUUUAUGCAGAUCUAUUCCAGAUGUUGUUUUCCGUACAGACAAACUGAAACCAGUGCAAUCAACAUGUCUGCGAUAUUAACAAUCCACAAUCCAAAUUUAGUUGAAAUUCAGUGCCCUGAGAGAGGUUUGUAUCCCUCAGGUUGGGAUCAGUUCAUGCAGUUUGUUUGAGAUCGCUUUUUUAAUGUGAAGGUGACUGAAAAGAAGCACAAAACUGUACCUAAAAACUGCAAUAUUUUAAGAAGCAACAUGAGGACGAAGUGAUCCCGACCCGCCUGUGAUAUGAAGUGGUCUCUGUUUGCAGCUGUGACUGAAGUAUUCUGAAUGUAACGUGUUUUGGUGUCGUUCUUUUUCUUCUUCAUGUGUUUGUAUGCUGCUUCAGUUCCUGAGUGUCGCAGCAGUUCAGAUAUUUAUUCACAGAUCAAACAUUUAAUAAAAGGUAUUAAAGUCAA